AAUGAGAGCGCCUCUGACCCUUGGUGUCCUCCCACAGGGUCGCUGCGCCUGGAGGAGCCCCGACGGCCGCCCCGGGUGUACGCGGCGGCGCCCUCGGGGGUGGCGGUGACGGUGGUGAGGGCGGUGGACGACGCCCACACCCCGCCCACGCCCGCCCCACAGCCUCGCUACUUCCUCUACCAGUCCCCACAGACAGACUACAACUUCUUCACCAUCCACGAACACGGCGGCAACAUCACCACGGCCAGGUACCUGGAGAAGGCCGCCGGGGAGGAGUACCACAUCAUUGUGGUGGCGCUGCUGGCGGGGAAGGCGAUCAACAAGGAGCUGACAGUGACUGUCACCAAAUACAACCAACACGCCCCCAGGCUCGCCCUCCAGCACUACAGCGUGGAGGUGUUGACGUGGGCGGAGGCCGGAACAACGCUGGUGACUGUGGAGGCCGCCGACGACGACCAGCUUCAGUACAACCGUCACCUCCACUUCUUCCAGGCCGACCCUCACACACCCUUCCACCUCGACCCCUUCCUCGACCCCCCUGCGUGGUCCCCGGUGCUGGUGGAGGCGGAGAGUGGGCGUGUGUGUGUGGGCAGGACGCUCCACCUCCACGCCUCUCCUCUGCGUCUCCUGGUGGGCGCCGUCGACGGUGGCUCCCCGCAGCGCUACGCCCUCGCCAACCUCACCGUCUACAUCAGGAACAUGUCAGCCCCGCUUGAUGUGGAGGUGAGCAACACCAGCGACUCCACCAUGACGGUGUGCUGGUCACCCCCUGCACACGGCCUCCCUCAGGGCUACCUCCUCACCUACACACCUGCCCUGGCUCAUCAAAGCUACAGCAAGGGUUCCCUCAACCACACCAUGGCACAGCUCCAGUCUAAGAUGCAGGUGAUUGGUAGCAAUGGCAGCUUGGAUGAGGAGCAGACAGCCAGAAGUGGGGUAGAGAUGAAGCGGUACUGUGCUAUAGUGGACGGCCUGGUCAGGUGGACGGAGUACCUGGUGGGCGUGAGAGCAUGGUCGGGCGACCAGGUUUCCAUGGCUGCCACACCCAUCCUUGCCACCACAAGAAGUGACUACUGUGCAGAGGGUGUGUGUGGGGUGAGUAACUGUACACUGCAGAAAGUUGCACCCGGAUACUCCUGCGACUGUCACCUUGGCUAUUAUGGGCACGACUGCCAGCACCACAACCCCUGUCUUUCUCACAAUCCAUGCCAGCAUUUUGGAAAGUGUCAGAAUGCCUCAGAUGGGACGUACACUUGUGAAUGUCUACGAAGUUUUUAUGGCCCUAACUGCAGCCAGAUUGAUCCCUGUGCUGCUAUUUCAUCCAAUCCUUGCAGCAAUGGAGGUACAUGCAUCAGGUCCCAGGUCCCUCAGUAUGUUGUCCGCCAUGAAAGUGGAAAGUACAGAUGCCUUUGUCCAGGAGGAUUUUAUGGUGUGACUUGUGAAAAGCAGAACCCUUGCUUCUCCAGUCCUUGUCAGCAUGCUGGGUCCUGUAUCAACCUCACCGACACACACUUUAUAUGUCGUUGUGCUCCAGGAUACACAGGAGUUGAGUGUGAAGAGAAUAUUGAUGACUGUGGCAGCUCACCGUGUGUUAAUGGUGCUACGUGUGUUGAUGGUGUGGCAGCAUUCACUUGCUCCUGCACCCCUGGCUAUACAGGCAAGCUGUGUCAAGCAGAGAUUGAUGAGUGUGCUUCCAACCCAUGUGUGAGAGGACAGUGUACAGACCACAUCAAUGAUUUCCAUUGCAAAUGCCCGAAGGGCUGGAGUGGAAAGAUAUGCAAUGAAGACUUGGACGAGUGUGCCUCUUCUCCAUGCUUCAAUGGUGCCACAUGUAACGAUGGGAUGGCAUCUUUCUAUUGUGACUGUGACCAUGGAUACAGUGGCGAAAAAUGUGAAAUUCCAGAGUCCUGCCCUGCCCAGAACACCACCCACGAAACUGGAGAGUUUCAGUGGCCUGCAACUCGACAUGGAGAAUCAGUCACUGUAACCUGUCCCUUUGGAAAUCGAACUUCUGCCAGUGAAAAUAUUAGCUCAAAGAUCUCUUCACUUGUUGGGGCUUCAAGUACGUCUGCCAUUACUGAUGAUUAUUUAACUACAAGCAUUAAUAUAAACAAUAAGUCUCUUGAAUAUGAGAAUGGAUCAGUUGUACAUUCUACCUCACUUCCCCCAUCACCAGAAUUUACAACUCGUGCUGCAUGGGAUGACAGGAAUUUUCAUAUUAACAGACAAAUUCGCAAUUUAGAAUUUAAUGAAAGUUCCCAAACGUUCAAUCCUAUCACGGUCUUGUCACAGGUUAAUAACGAAUCGGCACGCAGACGUGCAGUAGCAGCAAACCUACGUGGAUCACAUCCAAAACAGCUGAGAAGAUUGCAACCAAGAGGAGAUUCUGAGAGAGCUGACCAAACUAAAAGAGUCACAGAACGACAGGCUGAAGGAGAGCAGGAGCCCCAGUCAAAUGUUCAAGAUGGAUCAGAAAGAAGACAAAUACAAUACAGAGGAUCUGGUAUAAGAAGACUCAGAGUUCCAAAGCAAACAAGCAUUGAAGAACUACCAUUGGAACAACAAACACAAAUUGGAGAUGAAAAUGUGAAUGGGAGCAAUAACCAGGAGCCCGAGACCACAACUCCAUCCUCAGUGAGGCAGUGCCAUCUAUUAGGAGCAGUUCGUUCAUGUGUGCUGCUGCCCAAUGGCACAGCAGUCUGGAGUGAACCGGAUAUUUGCAUGUGUCGAGGAAGGGCAAUGCAGGAAGCCGAAGAUGCUGCUAAAAAUGUAUCAAUCCUCACUGCCUCUCCUGCAUCAGUUAAUUCUAAGAUGUUCACCGAUGCUGCUAAUCAGCUGGCAAUACUUGUGAAACAUGCACUUCAAGAUCCUGAAAUGGCAAGAAGCAUGGUGUCAGCUCUCAGUAACAUGAUGGAUGUCAACGACUCUGUGAUAGCAGCAGGGGAUAAGAAAAAUAAUGUUACAAGCCAACUUGUUAAAACCAUCAAUACUUUUACAGAAAAUGUAGCUGUAGAAAUUGGAAAACCAGUACAUGUCAGAUCCAAUAAUCUGGUGUUGGAAGCAAGGAUGUUGGAGUCAUCAGCUUCUGGGGUAAUGUUCAGUCCUGAACUUGAAAUGAGAGAUGGCAUCAGUGAUGGCACCACCCGAAGUAGAAGACGACGUAAUAAGAAUUCAUCGAACCCAUCUCUAAAUAAUGAAUCAUUUCUGAAACUACCUCCACAAGUACUCAAAAUGUCAGGAAAGAAACAUGUUAGAUUAGAAUUUGUCUCGUACUCCAAUGACAAGUUUUUUCGAGGCCAGCGUGCCCUGGGGAUGCCCGUUAUCACAGCCAAAGUCACCAACACAGUGAUAAGCAACCUCUCUGAACCCAUUGUAUACCACAUUCCAACUGAAGCUGAUGAGGCUUUUCGUCCUGUGUGUGUUUUUUGGGAUGAACUUGCCCAUGACUGGUCGAAGGACGGCAUGAGGACGGUGAUAGAAGAAGGGACAACAACUUGUGAGGCGAUGCACUUGACUGCCUUUUCAAUACUGUUGGAUCCCUUGCCAUCAUCGUUCGGUGUACAUGCACAAGCCCUCUCGGUCAUAACCUAUGUUGGACUUGCACUCAGCACAGCAGGACUUACUGCCACUGUUGCAACCUAUGCAAUAUUCAGGACCCUCAACCGUGACCGAAGUGGUAAAAUUGUGAUGAAUUUGUCUUUGGCUCUUCUGCUGCUCAAUUCGGUGUUUAUAAUUGCUGCCCAGUUAGAGCCCCCUUCUGUUGCCUGUACUGUACUAGCAGCAGCUCUUCACUACCUUGUGGUGGCUGCAUUUGCCUGGAUGUUGGUCGAGGCAGCUAACAUGUAUCAGCUUCUCAUUACUGUGUUUGCUUCAGCUGAGACUCACUUCAUGGCUAAGAGGGUUACUGCAGCAUGGGGUUUUCCUGUUGUCGCUGUCAUAGCAGCCGUCAUCGCAGAUGCAGAUGUUUACGGUGAUAAGGAGCAUGGAUUUUGUGUUAUUAGUCCUAUCCCCAAUCCUGCUGUUUAUUACUCAACUUAUAUGGGCCCCAUCUGUUGUGUGCUUCUGAUGAACUGUAUUGUGUUUGUGAUGGUGACCCGUGUCCUAUGUCAGCGAAGGCCUCAUUCUCACAAGCCAAGGUCUCCCACAUAUACACCAGCUAAGGAGUUGCCCAUCACACUUGCUCAGGUUCGUGGAGCUGUGACUGUAGUUGCACUACUUGGUGUAACUUGGGUCGCAGGAGCAGUUAGCAUUGGAUGGGCACGCCUUGCAUUUCAGUAUGUAUUCUGUCUCACUACACCACUGCAGGGAUUGAUUAUCUUUAUUGUACGUGUCGCUCAGCACCCAGAGGCUCGAGCAGCGUGGAUUGCUCUCUUUACAACAGGAACCCUAAGACGCCGUCCUCCAACACAAUCAACUCAUUCUUCUGCCCAUACCCAUUCAACCACCUCAUCUGCCCUUACUCCUCCACGUAAUAAUCAUUCUUCAGUACGCACUGUGUCCACCAGAGUUUCACUCAGAACUUCCAUUAAACCCUCAGCGUCUGUCAAAAGAAAUGGUUCUGCUAAACAUAGUAGCAAUAAGAAUGGAAGUAUUCACAGGUAUACAUCCAGUUCUGGGGGAACAGAAUCAACACAUUAUAGUAUGAGCACAAUAUUUUCUCGUCUUGUUAAUCGCUUCGCUAACAACAGCAUAGAGAAUCAUAAAUCUAAAAUUCAGGAAGAUAAAACAUAUAGUUCUCCUUGCACUGCUAAACCAGUUCCUGCAGCUGUGAACGAGCCAGAUUAUCUUCCUCUUUCACACCACAAGUCAUUUUUUAGUGAAACGUUAGAACAAAAAACACAUUACCACAGCAACAAGAAUGAGUCUUUGUACCGUCCACAGUCACUGGUGGUAUUACAAGCAGACAGCCAUGGAGGUGUUUCAGCCAAUAAUUCAUCAUUGUUUUCCAAAGAUAGUAUAAGCUGUCAAUUUCCAGCUUUUCUCCCAAAUAAUACACUCUCAAAAGAACUACUAGAGGCAGGAAUUCCACCAUCCAUGGUACCACGAAGAUCUCUAGGCUCUUUAACACUACUUACAGCUGCUAAAGAAGGUGACGACUCUUCUUGGCAUUUUGUUCGACCACCACCUGAUGGCCGCAGUGAUCCAGUGAAUGUUGAGAAAAUUGUUCAAGAAACAGAUAACCGAAUUAUCCCUCAAAAAGAAAUAGAAGAUAGAGGUAAUAUUAAUUCAGCACGUCAGCCAAUUAGAGCAGAGGAACCACUAAAGAGUGAUGGUUGUGUUGUUCUCUCUGGGCAUCGUGUGGCAACAAGUCACUCAGUCGUGCUGUCAGGGCAACGUAAUAGUGUAUUUUCACCUACAGUUCUAACUAGAGCCAACAGUGAGUUACAAAUGAGUUCUCCUCACAUAAAUCCUAAUGAGUUACGUCGUUCUGCGUCAGUGUACACAUUAGGGGAGUGGGAGGAUCCAAGAUCAUCAUUGGCUUAAAAUAAAAUGCAUUUAAUACCAAAUAUAUUCCAAGUGCAGUUAGUUAAUCAACACAGUGAAAAGUGGUUUAAAAACAGAUAAACAGAGACAAUAAAUUUAUAAUGAAUUUAAUUUCACCAGAGAAAAAAUGCACAGUUCACUGAUAUUUAUAUACUGUAGUACUUGUGUGAGCUAAAUAAGUGUCGUCACAUGACUUGAAACUGUUGUGUGCUUCGUAGUUUACAACAAAACUAUUUCUACAGUAUUUUCUGUUAAAUAUUAGUGCAUACAUAUUAUGGCUGUUACAAGGAAAUGUGAUCAAUAGUGUGAGCUUCUGUGCAUGUUCUCUUAAUGAAAAGGUCCUGGCAUCUUUCCUUGUUUAUCUCUAAAUAGACUCUCAAGUGGAUUUAAAGACUGGCGUCCGGUGACUUUAACAUUCUAGUUUCAUAAUAUAAUGUACAGUAAUAAUUUAUUGAAUGGUAGUACAUAAUUAAACAAUAGCCUGGUUCACAAAUAAUUACAAACUUUGCAUUUUUUCUGGGGAGCCCUGUCGGCUCCCUAAAGCUAUUCAGACUGAUAUGUGCUAUAUUAGUUUGGGGACAUCAGUUAUGGGAGUUCUGCCUACCGGGGACCACGAGCCAGAAUCUGGCUCCCUUCAGAGAGGUGCAGGGAGCAAUGGCCAUAUGACCACUCUACAUUUAGAGUAAUGUCAAGUUUGCCAUCGACCGGAGUAUACCCUCAGAAAGGUAAACGUAACAAUACAAACCACCUACUGGUGACAAUUGCAACCCACAUCUGAACAGAGCCAAAGAACUUCACCCCAAAAAGAUAAACACGCAAAUCAUCAUUUAACUAGCACACCUGCUCGUUAGUGCCCACCCAGGGAAGGUGGAGCCUGCUCAGGUGAGCCAGCAGCUCAACCCUUGAGUUCUUGACUGAUGUGCACUGGGGGGCACACGUUACCUCUGGCCUCGCUUUCUUGUCUCGAUAUUUGCCCUGUGUGGAUGUGCCAGUUGUGUGGUAGCCAGGUGUUCUUCUGUACACAGAACUGCACGUGUCUAGGACUAGCUUCCCAAGAUGCCCUGUAAGUACUACCCUUGCGUGUUCAGGGUUAUCUUCCCUGGGACAUUCGGGACUCACUUGCAUUGAGGUCUCGGUUGCUUGGUGUUGGCCUCGUCCUUGGCGUUGGGUGGGGGUCUUUGGUUUCCGUCUUGCCCUGGGUAGGGAGCGUUUGUUGCCAGAUGCACUGUGGUCAGCGCAGCCUGCACACACGUGGCGGCCGUAGUCUUUCUUUGGCUUCCAGUUUGUUUGUGGGAUUUCGGGGGUUUUGCUUUUAUUUCUUGGUCUUUCUCCUUGAGAAGGUUUGCCUUUCCCUGGUUCCCUGUUCCAGGGCUCAUGUCUCUCAGGUUGUCCGCAGGGUUCUUUAGUAUACCCAGCCUGCGGUCUACCCUCGUGCCCAUGAUGUAAGGAAUUAUGCUGCUCUCGCUGCUGUAUUUGGCAAUAUGUUUUGGGUUGACACUCGGGCACGGAGGUUUUGGAAAUCGAACUAAUUACGUUGUCUCCAGACUAAUUACGAGAUACGAGCUAGAAGGUGUUGAGACUAUGAAGUCAGACUGCAAAAGGGAUCUGGGAGUUAUGAUUAGUAAGAAUUUAAAACAAAAAAAUUAAUGCAUAAAUGUCCAUAAUAAGGCAAAUAAAACACUGGGAUUUAUUUAUUGAAGCAUUAGUAAUAAGACAC